GCUGACGGAACUGAUGAACGGAAUAGAUAUCUCACGGACAUCGCAGUGGGGUCCACAGAGCUUCCGCUUAUAGGGACUCCACGUUGAAGGGGUUACCGGAAAGUCGCGUCUCAACCGAUAAGCUGCGAAAAUAACCGAAUUUUAAGAGGACAGAGAGGAAGCGAGUGAUUGAAAAAUAAAAAUAAAACGACGCUCUCAAAACGUGUCGAGGUUUUAAUGUUAAAGAACAGCUGAUCUGUUGGAAUUGCUUCGGUUUGCCGUCGUUGACUAAGAUGUAUUAACCUACAGAAGAAUCUAGAAUUUUUCCCCUACAGAAGAAACAUGAUUUUUCCGUCGAGUACUCUGAUGAUAAAACAGUAGAAUUUGCAUUUUGUUUUUGUUGCAGAAGAGAAAUAGAUGAUUUCAUCGGUGAAUUAUCUGGAGGUAGAAUGUGGUGCGUUCGGUUGGCUGUUUUUUGUAGUUUCUUGUUUGGUUGAUUGCUGAAGUAAGAGUAGAAUCUGGGGUUUUGAAGAAAUGGUCUGGCUUUUCGGCAAGUUAGUCCAUUGAUGUACUGUGGUGGUGAUGGUAAUGGAUUUUUUUUUCUUCGUAUUUUUUGUUUGAUCGCCAGUGAAACCGGAAGAGUAGAAUCUAAUCGCCAGUGAAACUGGAAGAGUAGAAUCUAAGGCUUUGUUGAAUUUUUUUCUGGUUUCUGAUCUUGUUGAAGAAAGGGUUUGAUUGAAGAAAAUGAAAGACGGGAUUUGUGAAAAUUUUGAAUCUUGAUUAGGCGUGUCAAGGGGCGUGACAGGACAUUCGGCAUUUGUGAGGCUGAUUGUGGGGAUUUUGGCUUUUUUCUUUUUCAAGUUCUGCAGAAAUGGAAGAGUUUUACGACAGUCUCGACUGUAGAUUAAAGGUGUCAGGAAUGGUGGCAGAUUCCAUUAUGAUGGGUAUCGUGAAUUCAGCAAUGGAAGAAGCAUACAAGAAAGUCUGUUCUAAGGAAGGGGAUCUGGAGUGCUUGAAUGAGAAAUCUAGGUUCUGCGAGCUGGCUUUAAUGCAACUGGAGUGGUGUUUAAAGUUUAUACAAGAAGAGAUGGAUAGCUAUAUUGUUGAGAGCAGUCGGGAACGUGAAAAUCUAGCCUUGGAUUUGACGGAUGCUAGGGAUCGGAUGCAGAAACGGCUAGAAGAAACUGAGCUUGCAAUUGCUGAGAAAGACAGAGAGCUGACAGACAGAUUGGAAAAUGAAUCGAAACUUAGACAAUCUUUGGAUUCAAAAGAAAAAGAGUUGAGUACUCUACGCGCUACCCUUGAGCUUGAAAGAACAAAGAGCGAGAGAGUGCAGGAAUUUGUUGUCAGCAAUCAGAUCCAUAGGAGCAAUGACAGAUUCUGUGACUUCUGUGAGAUGAAGAAUUAUAUGGAUCAACAGUUUUGGAAUAUUAAACAAAAACUCGAGGAUGGACGAGUGCACUUGACAGAAGGAAUGCAUAUGGAUCAGAGCUGUGGCAAUCCAGGCAAGUUGGAACCCGCUGUAUUGGAACCUGCAUCAGAACUGUUGGAAGAAGGAAACCAUAACCUUGCUGACAUGAAUUCUAGUGCUAAAUCUGAAGGAGCCCAUAACGGUGGCAGCAAAAGAAUUGGAUUUUUGGAGAAUGUUUAUAAUUCUGAGGUUGAGGUUCUGAAUUCUUUCCCAAAGAUGGAACUAAACAUGGCAAUUGAGCAGAUGACUGCGGAUAUUGACAUUCUCAAGGAAAUGCUGGAGGUAGCUUUUGAAAUGAUGGACAAUGCUAUUUCCUCAUCCAAGUUGGCAUUAAUGGAAGAACAGUGGGAGCGGACUGUUGAGAAAGAAACUGUUGCUCUUGUGCUUCAGGGCUUUCUAAGGGAAAUCCAAGUGAAUUUCGAAGCAAAAUCCUUGGAUGGAAAGUACAAAGUUCCUCUAGGCUUUUCCAGUGGUAAUUGGUCAGCAUUGAUGGAUGACAUUACGAGCCUGCACAAUGAACUCGAGGUGUUGGUUCUUCAAAAUGAAGUUCAGUCAAAACAAGCCUCAAGCCAUCAAUUUGGAACCCUUCCACUGAAAAGAAAUGGUGUUAAUAAACUGCGAAGAUGCAGCCAGUCUGAUUCUAACUUGAGGUUUGAAGAGCUACGUUUGGAGGACGAGGCACCUAAAGAGGAUUCUGUAGGGCAUCCCCAUCAUCAUGUUUCUGAGAUGAUAAGAAAUCAUGAGCAUAUUAUAAAGAAGAAAACUGAAGAGAUAAAUUGGCUGCAGGGAGAAAUUCUCAGAGAAAAGGGCCGUCCUCCCUUAAGAAAAGAUAAGGACCUUGAUACUGAGAAGAAACUGAUCCCAAAAAAAGGAAAUUGUGUUAACAAACUGCAAAGAUGUGGCAAGUCCGAUUCUUCCUUGAGGUUUGAAGAGCUAUUUCCUUUGGAGGACCAACCCAAAGAGGAUACGGCAGCGCAUCACCAUCAUCAUGUUGCCGAGAUGAUAAGAAAUCAUGAGUAUAUUAUAGAGAAGAAAAAGGAUGAGAUAAAUUGGCUGAAGGGAGAAAUUCUCAGAGAAAAGAGGCGUCCUCCUCUUAAGAAAGGCAGCGACCUCAAUGCUGUGAACAAAAUGAUCCCAAAGGUUAUUUCAAGAUUGGACCAUAUCAUAAAAGAAAAUGCUGAGCUGCGUGUGACUCAUGAUGACUCUGGCUGGGUCCAUGCAAAUGGGGAGCUUUUUCUCCAUAAAAAUUUACCAAGACCCAAAUUAGCAGACAAAGAGAAGGCCUUCUGUAUGUCAGUAGAUCUUCCUGAGAAGUCACAUAAUGUGAUAGCUUAUCCGUCAGUCGAGGUUGACUCGAGGGAGAAGAUAAGACAACUGCAACAAGAAAGGGAAGAUCUAGAUAUGCAAGCCAUGAUAAUUAAAGACACAUGCAUGGUACUUUUUGAAGAGUUCAUGCAGAGACUUCGUCGUCAAUUAGACAGCUAUAACACAGAGGACCUUAUAAGGGAUGAUAUAUAUACAGUUUUCUUCAGAGAGAUGAUUAGGGAAUGGAACAGUGUGAUAGAAAGCUCUAGCAUUGAGAGCCUCAUCAGGGAAGAGAUAUAUAGAAUUGUCCUCAGUGAGGUGGUCAAAGAUAUUGAAUACACUGUCAAUUUCACCUUAGGAAAGCAUCAAGAGGCCAAGAAUCAAGACACUAUUCUGGAAGACUUGUCGUCGAUUAGCAAUUUUCCUCGAAGUAUAUAUAGUGGAAAGAAGAAUUCAAUUCAAGGACUGGAUUCCAUACCAAAAUUUGCUGAAGUGAAGGGAAAUUCAACGUUAAAUGGAAGUACUGAAUUGAUGCAGCAGUAUAUGCAUCUCGGCGUUGUCAGUCGGGAACUUGAAGAGUUAGAUGAACAUAGUAUUCACUCAAGUAAGGCAAAACUGAAAGAAUUGAGUUCUAGUUUAGGCAUAGAAGCUGGAGGUUGGAAAGAGGUUCAAGAUCAGAUGAUUUCACGUGAAGGCAUUAUGCAAGAUGCAGAACCCACCCAGUGGUUAGCUGAUGGAGAAAAGCAGCAGACUGCAUUUGGCUCGUUUGUCACAUCUCUCACAUAUUUUUCUGAAGUAAUCACGGACUUUGAGCACAUGAUGCAUGAAAAAAUAGGAGUUAAUAUUUUGAGGUUGGAAGAGGUGAACCAUCAACUAGAUCCUUUGAUUCAGCAUGUAUGCCUGCUUAGGAAAAGGGAAAUGCUUUACAGGAAGGCUUUUAUCAGGAGAUGUUACGACCUUCAAACUGCUGAAGCUGAGGUGGAUCUUCUGGGUGAUGAAGUGGAUGUGCUUUUAGGACUUCUACAGAAGAUAUACAUAUCAUUGGAUUCUUAUUCACCAGUUUUGCAGCAUUAUCCGGGGAUAAUGGACAUUCUCAGAUUAAUCAGAGAAGAACUAAAUGGAGAAGCUGGUCUUAUUUCACGGAAAUGAAGGUACUCCUGGCCUUUUGUUGCUAGCGUUUGGCAGACAUCAACAUCAUCAUCGCCAUCACCAUCACCAUCAUCAUCAACAUCAUCAUCAUCAUCAUCAUCAUCAGAGCCUUGUCCCAGCUAUUUGUACCUGCUAAAUUUCUUGUGUAUAAUAACUUGUAUAGUUAUAUCCCGUAAGGUUUUACAGUAGUGUUCGGUUUUCUGGUUUGUACAAUUAGGGGCCAUGUUUCACUAUCGAUUGCCCAUGCACCAAAAAAUCACUCAAAGAGUGGAAGGUUCUACCGA